GCUGGGAGCUCGGAGGCGGUGGCGCCUGGUGGGACCGUGGCGGCCAUUUUGUGCCUGCUUCGCUCGCCUUCGUGGAGCCGCUGCUGUGGGCGCUGCGGCUCGGGAAGGGGAGAGCUCGGCUGUCUUCUUUCUGUUAGGUCGGGAGCUCCGCCGCCAUGGGACGUAAGAAAAAGAAGCAGCUGAAACCUUGGUGCUGGUAUUGUAACAGGGAUUUUGAUGAUGAAAAAAUCCUUAUUCAGCAUCAAAAAGCAAAGCACUUUAAAUGCCAUAUAUGUCAUAAGAAGCUGUAUACAGGACCUGGUUUAGCUAUACAUUGCAUGCAGGUACAUAAAGAAACAAUAGAUGCUGUUCCAAAUGCUAUUCCUGGAAGAACAGACAUUGAACUGGAAAUCUAUGGCAUGGAGGGCAUUCCAGAAAAAGAUAUGGAGGAGCGGAGGAGGUUACUUGAACAAAAAACUCAGGCAGAGAGCCAGAAAAAGAAACAACAGGAUGAUUCUGAUGAGUAUGAAGAUGAUGAAUCUGCGGCUUCAACUUCAUUUCAACCGCAGCAAGUUCAGCCACAGCAGGGGUACAUUCCCCCGAUGGCACAACCAGGUUUGCCUCCUGUGCCAGGUGCACCAGGGAUGCCUCCAGGUAUACCACCAUUAAUGGCAGGUGUUCCACCUAUGAUGCCUGGAAUGCCUCCAGUUAUGCCUGGAAUGCCACCUGGAUUACAUCAGCAGAGAAAAUACAUGCAGUCAUUUUGUGGUGGAAACAUGAUGAUGCCAAUGGGUGGAAUGAUGCCUCCUGGGCCAGGGAUACCACCUCUUAUGCCUGGCAUGCCACCAGGUAUGCCACCGCCUGUGGGUCCUCGUCCUGGGAUGCCUCCAAUGACACAAGCACAGCCUGUUACAGCACCGGGCAUUCUUAACAGACCUCCAGCUCCUGCUGCAUCAGCACCUACCCCCCAGCCUCCAGUUACUAAACCACUCUUCCCAAGUGCGGGGCAGAUGGGGACACCUGUCACAAGCUCAAGUACAGCUUCCUCCAAUUCAGAAAGUCUGUCAGCAUCUUCUAACGCUCUGUUUCCUAGCACAGCACAAGCUGCAGCAGCUGUUCCAGGUCCAGUUGGUACUGAUUUCAAACCUUUGAAUUCUACACCUGCAACAACAACAGAACCCCCAAAACCUACAUUCCCUGCUUACACACAGUCUACAGCCUCAACCACUAGCACGACAAACAGUACUGCAGCUAAACCAGCUACAUCUAUAACAAGUAAGCCUGCUACCCUCACAACAACCAGUGCAACCAGUAAGUUGAUCCAUCCAGAUGAGGAUAUAUCACUGGAAGAGAGAAGGGCACAGUUGCCUAAGUAUCAGCGUAAUCUUCCUCGACCAGGACAAGCUUCCUUGGGUAAUCCACCAGUUGGACCAAUUGGAGGUAUGAUGCCACCACAGCCAGGAAUUCCUCCACAGCAACAAGGAAUGAGACCUCCCAUGCCACCUCAUGGUCAGUAUGGUGCUCAUCACCAGGGCAUGCCAGGAUAUCUUCCUGGAGCAAUGCCUCCAUACGGUCAGGGACCUCCGAUGGUUCCCCCUUACCAAAGUGGACCUCCUCGACCUCCAAUGGGAAUGAGACCUCCUGUAAUGUCGCAAGGUGGCCGCUACUGAUGCUACUACACACGCUCUAAUAGGUUUGGAGAUUAAACCUUUUCUCAUCUUGUGCUGUUAAUAUAGCCGAGCUUCCGUCAAUUAAGGCUUCAUUGUGACUUUAAAAAAAUAAGUAUCUUCCCACAUGCAAGGAGCUAUUGGACAUUCUUAUUUUACACGGGAAAAAUUAUUUGGAAUAAUAACAGGAACUUUUCCUGAUGUUGCAAUUUAUACUGUAUGGCUUCUUUUUCAUGUUUCAUCUAGGUUUUUAGAAGUGAAGUAUAGUAAAUAUGGUUCGUUAAAUUGUGAAGGCGCUGGAAUUACAUGAACAUACCACCUUAAAGGCAAGUUCUGUAACAUUAUGUUGCUAUUUGUGAAACAAUGCCUUCACAGCACUUCAAGUGCUGUUGGACUUCAUGUCCCCAACAUAGUUUGGUGAGGGCUGUAACUGUUCCCAACUACUUGUACAUUUAAGUCUGAACUUGUAACAAUAUUUAAUGUAUUUAGAGGUUCUCCUGUUUCAGGGUUUAAGUAAACUGACCCACUAAGGUCGUGUGACUUUUCUGUACUGUUAUAAACUUCAUUGUAAUAAAAGAAGAGAAAAAUUUA